CGCGCCCGCAGCGCCUCCAUCAACAACCACCGCUGGCGACACAUUCGACUGCAUGCCGCAGUUGAGCGGCCUACUAACUACUAACCUGCACAGGAACAGGGAAAGCAUUGUUGCGACGACAUUGUGAGUGCUGAGAGCUGGCUGGUAGCAUCGGACAGUCGGCGGCGCAUGACUGGCGACAACACACGGCAUUGGACAAAAGUGGAAUCGUCAACAUCCCGGACGUUGAGAGGGCAGCAGCAGCCCACGCGCACACCACCCAGCGGCGCAUAUCUAUGUCGUAGGCGCCCGUGACGACAUAGAACCGCGACCGAGUAGUUGUCUUUUGACAUUUCGUCACCGCACCCCGCCUAGCUCAUUCCCCUGAUCUCCACGAGCUGUCCGCUGCCGCUGUCGCAGCCCAACCACCACACCGCCACAGCCACCAUGACGACCAACGCUGCUCACUCUUCGCCGAGCCGGGGAAGAUGGAGCAGCCUCGAGGAGGAACUAGCCUACUACAAGGCCCAGUACGAGACGCUCGAGACGGAACUGCAGGAGUUUCAGGCAUCAAGCAAGGAACUAGAGGCCGAGCUCGAGCGCGAUGUCGAAGAGAGCGAGAAGCGGGAGCGCAAGCUGCAAGAGAAGGCGGAGCGGCUGGGAUUUGAGGUCGAGGAGUGGAAGACAAAGUACAAGCAGAGCAAGACCGAGGCCAACAAUGCGCAGAACACUCUGCAGAAGGAGAUUACCGCCAUGCGCGAAAGUCAACGAGCCCUCCAGAUGCGACUCCGGGACAUCGAAGUCCAAAGCGACGAUUUCGAGCGUCAGGCACGCAACCAAACAUCAUCACUCGAGGACGUCGAGUCCAAGUACAACGUAGCCAUCGAACGCAGUGUCAUGCUGGAGGAAGAGAUCAAGAUUGGGGAGCAGGAGCGAGAGGCGCUGCGCAUAGAAACACAGCGACUUAGGGAUGAACUGUCGGAUCUGCGGAUAGAGACGGAGAUUACGCAGGAGAAGUUGCGCAUCGCAGAAGAGACUAUCGAAGGCCACCAUCAGCGAAAGGUGUCCAGCCAUCUCUCUGGCAAUGCUCUGAGACCACGCUCGCCCGUUUCCGAGGCGUCGACUACCGCGACUACGGUUUCUUCGCCCACAGCUGCUUCGACACCACCACACUCGAAAGCAGAUGGCCUACUCCCAGAUACGACUCCUCCUUCUCCGCCGUUGUCUGACGCUCCCAUCACCGUAAGACAUGUACCCUCAACGCCUAUGCCCAGGCGCAAGAACUCGAUUGCGCCCCUGGAUCCAGGUGCGACCCCUCGCGCCGGCCUCUAUCAGCGAGCCCCAAGACAUUCACGAAACCCGAGUCUAUCGGCAUCGCGACCAAGCACAAGUGCCAGUGGACGGGCGACGCCUUCUACACGACCAACUACACUCACAUCACGACCGCCUAGACCGAGCUUUGGGAGUGCGGCGCCGCCGCCAGCGGAUUUGCCUAGAUCAGGUUCACUAUAUCAAAUCCGGGGCCUGAUUGGCAAGAUGCAGAAACUCGAAGAGCGGGUUCAUUCAGCACGCUCCAAGCUCCCCGCGCCAACGACUACCCCACCGCGAGCGAGCCCACGCAAUGUCAGUGCCAUGGGUCACCACGUGCCGAAUACGGUCACAUUGAGGAGCGGUAGGAAGCGCAACUCGCACGCAUCAGCGGGGUCGUCAGUGCCCGGCGCUUACGAGUCGGGCUCUGCCGUAAAUCGGCUCUCCUUUGGUGUUUCGACCUCUUCACGCGAACCCACUAGCAGCAGGCCUGGCAGCCGAGCCUCCAUGUCGUCAGCAUCAGCAAUGCAGAGACCGCAGAGCAGAAGUAGCAACCGAACACCACUGGGUCACUACCAGUCAUCGUCGAUUAGUGGAGCGGAGCCCCGUUUGCCAAGGCCAAGGAGCUCAAUGAGCGGACAUGGCCACUCUCACUCACUAUCCAUGUCGCAACGUGACAACGACACUAACAGCGAAGGAAGCGGCAUUUCUACGCCGGUAGGAAGGCGACUUACACUGGAGAAGACGGGCAUCCCUACACCAAGCGGAAUACCAAGACGUCAAAGUGCAGGACGAAGGGCAAGCAACAACAUGGACCUUGGAGACAUGGCCCCUCCUGCACGGCCAAGGAAGAUGUCGACACAAGCUGAGGAAGAAUCAUACUAGGAUGGCAUGUCGCGUUGGCGAAAGUCGACAGAAUUGCGGGGCCUUUUGCGUGUACGUCUGGGUGAAUUUCUAGUACACGAGUUUUACGGCACUAUACCUGACGCACUCUGGAGUCCGGCACGCGGGAUGCAGGCAGUAAACUGUAGAAAGUGGGAUAGGGAUGGGGGUGUUUGGUGCCAUUUGGUCAAGCAUCGGUUGCACAUGGGGUGGAUGAAGAAGAACCGUCUCGAGAAGAAACCCGAGAGAUUCUAAAGCUCCUUUGGGGGUAUUUACAUAUUGCUUUAAACUUAUUUUCCUUUGUCUGAAACCAAUAUACCCCGAAUUACAUUCAUCCCGAG